AAAUAACUGACUGAGGCGGGUUGAAGUAUGUUUUUUCAUAUGAUAUGCAAAUCUCCUGUCGAGUUAAAGGUAUGUACUUGGUUUUUGUCAGUAUUUCCAUUCAGAAGAUAAGAAAUUUGCGCGCGAUUCAUGGCACUUUGCCCACUUGGCUGUCCGCGAAAUUGUGUGAACGUUGCCCGCUGAUUUGCAGUUCCAAAGUACACGGAUCGAUAUUCAUCGUCUUCCUUAAAUUUUGCUUCAGAUAUGCUUCUUCUCUCACGUUCCGAUAAACCGGAGGAGCCAGAUACCUCCCAUCCAUGGAUACUUUCGUCUUCUGACAAAACACGUGUUGGAAUGAAGCCUAGACUGAGACUCUCCCCGAGCGUGUUUACUGAGAGGGCAUUAUCCUCCAUUUUGAUCAAGGCACGUUAAGAAAUCCAAAUAUGCACCUCCAGUAAUCUCGAGAGGUUUUUCAUCAAUCGCAGCGCCAAACGUAAAAGCAUUACAAUGCAGUGACUCUGAGCUCUAGGUGCACCACAUGAC